CAGAGACAGAGGAAACACUGACGGGACUCAAAGUGUACAGAUUUUAUUAAAUAUAAACUCCUGAUAAUAUUAUUAAUAUAAAUAAAGAUGCUGCAGGUGAAUGAGACGGAGCUUCCGGUCCUGUCGGAGUACAGCUUCGAGCGGCGCUUUGACGAGAGAGGAGCGAUUCAGUGGAUGCAGGCUAACUGGAGCAAGUCUUUCGUGUUCAGCGCUCUGUACGCCGCCCUGGUGUUCGGAGGUCAGCACUACAUGAAGCCUCGACCCAAAAUGAACCUGCGGCGGCCGCUCAUCCUCUGGUCGCUCAGCCUCGCCCUCUUCAGCAUCAUCGGUGCGAUCCGGACCGGCUCCUACAUGUUCCACAUCCUGAGCAGCAGCGGCUUCAGACAGUCCAUCUGUGACCAGAGCUUCUAUAACGGACCCGUCAGCAAGUUCUGGGCCUACGCCUUCGUCCUGAGCAAAGCUCCAGAGCUCGGCGACACGGCGUUUGUCGUGCUGAGGAAGCAGAAGCUGCUCUUCCUGCACUGGUACCACCACAUCACCGUGCUGCUGUACUCCUGGUACUCCUACAAAGACAUGGUGGCCGGCGGCGGCUGGUUCAUGACCAUGAACUACACCGUGCACGCGCUCAUGUACAGCUACUACGCAGCGCGUGCCGCCGGCCUGCGCGUGCCGCGGCCGUUCGCCGUGCUCAUCACCAGCGCUCAGAUCGUUCAGAUGGCGAUGGGGUUGACGGUGAGCGUGCUGGUGUACCGCUGGAUGCAGCACGGAGACUGCCCCUCCCGCCUCGACAACAUCACCUGGGCCGCCAUCAUGUACCUCAGCUACCUGCUGCUCUUCUCCAACUUCUUCUACCAGACGUACCUGCGCCGCCGCGGGGACGCCAAGACGCAUAAGGCUGAGUAGAGACCAGGGACAUUGUGGGAGAUCUGACUGUGUGUCAUGUCUCUGUUGAACUGAAGCUGCUAACAUUUAAACAUCUUUAACGUGACAUUUUAUAUUUCUGACGGGGAACUGGAGCCAUCGUUUGUUUGGCUGACCUCAGGAGCUGCUGGUCGACCGCUGCCUCCAUCACCAGUGUGUUUGUGUUGUUGUGCUGUUUAAAAUCAUUUGAUAAACUUUGUGUUAAUUCAGAGCAGAACAUCAACUCCCCAUCCAACCACCUGAUGUUUGUCUUCAGGCAAAAACACUUUCACACAUAACCAAACUUCAGGCGUAAAAUAAAACCUAAAA